AUGACCGAUCGAAAGAGGGCCAUGCCAUUUACUACAAGCAGUAGUGCUGAGAAAAAGAGGCCUUUUUCUAGUCCGGAGAAAGGCAAAGGAAUAAUGAUUGGAGGACAGAAGCCGUCCUUUUAUUCACCAUGCCCUAAGUGUGGUAAGCUUCAUUCUGGAGAAUGUUACAAGGGAUAUGGAGUCUGUUACCGAUGUGGAAAACCAGGACAUAUGAUUAGAGAUUGUCCUAACGCCAAACAAGGUAGUGGAGCUGGUGAUCGCAAGCCAAGGCCCCACAUCCCGGCACGAGUGUAUGCAGUAACACCCGUAUUAAUUCCCGAUGGGAAUACAGUAUCUUGUACCCGUUUAGUUAAUGAUUGUCCGUUAGAGCUAGAAGGAAGGACACUGAAGGCUAACUUGUUAGUAUUCGGUCAGAUGGAAUUCGACCUGAUUUUGGGGAUGGACUGGCUUUUCAAGCACUACGCUAAGAUAGACUGUCGGAAACGAGAGGUUGUGUUUGAACCUCCAACUGAAGACAGGAUGAGUUACGCAGGAACAUCAGUUAAGGCCACCCCACCUUUGAUCUCGGCGUUGCAAGCUAGGAAGUGUAUCGAUGAUGGAGCCUCAGCGUUUCUAUUGAUAACUGUAGAGGAGACAACCAAAACUAUAGGAAUCCAAGGGAUACCUGUGGUUGAAGACUUUCCUGAAGUUUUCGUUGAUGAGUUACCUGGUUUACCACCAGAUAGAGAAGUAGAAUUCCAAAUAGAGUUGGAGCCGGCAACAACUCCGACUCACAAGGCGCCAUAUCAGUUUUGGGAAUCAGACACCAAUGAUAGUGGAUCCUGA